UUGCAGGGAUAAGACACUGUCUUAAAAAUGUCAAAACAGCCAGCGUCACAUGUCAAAGCCAUUCAGGCUAAUAUUAACAUCCCCAUGGGAGCUUUUAGACCUGGUGCAGGACACCCUCAUAAAAGAAAAGAAGUAACACCUGAAGAAGUGGAGGAGAGUGUACCUGCUACAGAAGAGGAGAAAGACAAGAAGCAUCUCCCAGGAGCUGUAAAACUUCCAGGUCCUGCUGUCAACUUGUCAGAGAUUCAGAACAUAAAGAGUGAGCUGAAAUUUGUCCCCAAAGCUGAGCAGUAAUUGGAAGAAGCAGGUCUGACAAGAAACCAAACGGAUUCCAUGAAUGGAUAUCAUCCAAAAUAUUUUAUAUAUUUGUAUGAAGACUGAACUUCCUAAUUCUGCAACUCUCCAUGGGAAACAUCUUCUUUGUACAUUUAUAUCAGCAUUUCUUCUUGUCUAUUUUGCUUAACACAGAAAAGUACUGAUGAAAUAAAAGAGCACAGAAACUAAUGAGAAAUAUGUAUAUAUUCAGGAAUGAUUUAAUCUGAGAUCAGGGAAUAUAAUAUUUAGAAGUUUGAGGAAAAGUGGUAUAAAUGCUUUAUUAAAGAAAAAGUAAUUAUUUACAAUUAAUUUGGUUUCUUUUUUAAAAAGAAUGAAUAUAGACAAAAGAGUUUAAAAAAGACUUCACCAAAUUCAGAAUGAAUGAAGAAUGUAAUAUCUAAUUUCCUGUUCUGUAUUCCUGGUUAUGGAGCAGGAAUAGUGGAUUAUGUGUAAUAAAGGAAGACAAUAUUAAAAGGGGUGGUCUUUAUGGUGA